UUACACCUGGAUUUUAGUUAUUAAAACAACAUAUGAGGACAUAGAGAAACAGCUUAGACAGAACUAUUGUGCAUUAAUGCAAUAUUGAAACCGACCAGACCUUAUAACCUGUUGAUUUUCUCUUGGAUGAAACCAUGGAGGUGAACAAUGGAUCAGCUGUGAUGGAAGAAAAACAGGAAACAUCUACAGACAAAGAAAAAAUUUCCCAGUUGCUUAGGCUCAUGUACAAACCUCGCUGCAGGGAGGCGGAUUUUGCAGAUUUCUCAGAACUUCAGCAAAUAAAAUUGAAACUAUCAGUAUGGCAGGAGUCCAUUAGAGGCUGGUUCAGUCAGCACAGACAGCUGGUUCAUUACCUCUCUCUGCUCUGCUUCCUGCUCACCAUCAUCACUCUGCUCCUCACUCUCUGCUUGGUUCAGAUCACCUUGUUGUUCCAGUCACAGUCGACCCUGCAGGAAACCAAAGUCAGAGAUCUGACAAACAGACUGGAGAAGCUCAACCAGUCAUAUAACAUCCUGUUCUCCCAGUAUCCUGCUCUGAACAAGUACUGCCUCAUUAGCAAUGGCACCUCUGGAGAGCGUGAGUGCAGACCAUGUCCGACCUCAUGGAUGCCUCAAGGAGAGAAAUGUUUCUUCUUCAGUCAGGACAGAGCUGAUUGGAUCAGCAGCCAGUACCGCUGCAUGGCAGUGGGAGGCGCUGUGGCCACAGUCAGGACAGAGGAAGAACAGCUGUUUCUGUGGAAAACGGCCCACAGUCUGAGCCAGGGAGACUCAUACUGGCUCGGCCUGAGGAGCAGUAGUGCUGACGGGGGGUGAAAAUGGAGCGAUGGCUCCCUGGUGGAAAAGGGACCACAGUUUUGGGAGCGUGAGCCUGACCAAACAGCAGACAGCAUGGAGCUGUGUGGUCGACUCACUCCAGGAGAUUACAAGAAUAGCUGGUUCCCCUCCAGAUGCUCCAACCAGCUGAGGAGGAUCUGUGAGAGGAGACAAGCUGCUCUACAGUGAGAAGAGAGGACUGUGGGAUUGAUUGUCGUGAUCAUGACGACACGUCUCAAAUACAUGUAGCUUAACUCUUCAGUGGCCCUUGUGUAAAAAUGUCUUUAGUAUUAUCAAGGUCAGGAAUAACAUACAUCUUCAAUGGAGUAUAACCAUGUAUUAUAUCA